ACGUGGCUGUCAUCAGCGGACCAGCGUGACGCUCGAUCAGCUGACGAUCACUCGACCUUCUCCGCUGUGGGACACACGGACAUCCAGAAGUGUUUUAAAUACAUCCCGUACUGAAGCAUGGCGAGCCAGUCUCAGGGCAUCCAGCAGCUGCUUCAAGCUGAGAAACGAGCCGCGGAAAAGGUCGCAGAAGCCCGUAAAAGGAAGAAUCGUCGUCUGAAGCAAGCCAAAGAGGAGGCGCAGGCAGAGAUUGAGCAGUACCGUCUGCAAAGGGAGAAAGAGUUCAAGACUAAGGAGGCCGCGGCACUGGGCUCCCAUGGAAACUCUGCUGUAGAGGUGGACAAGGAGACCGUGGAUAAGAUGAGCCGCAUCCAGAGCAGUUAUCAGCAGAACAAGGAAGCUGUGCUUGCAAACCUGCUGAAGAUGGUGUGCGACAUCAAGCCAGAGAUCCACGUCAAUUACCGUGUCGCUGGAUAAACCCCUCUGUCCAGCCACCACGUCCGUUACAUUCCCUCAAGGCCCACAAAGCACUGAGACAAAGACUGCUACUGGACAUAUCACGUUACAAUCAUUAAUAUGGAGUACACUGCUUAAUACAUCAUCUGUUUAGACAGAUGCUCAUUGAAACAUAAACCUAUCAGUGGUCCUGGUACUUCACAUGCACAUCACCACAGUAUUUUUCAUUGUUUGCAUCUAUAUCUUUGAUAUGAGCCGAUGCGAGUCUUUGUCUCUGCUCUCUUAGUUAACUGUAAUAUUGUCCGGUUUAUCAGAGUGAGUCUGUUUCUUUGUGAAUGAUACCUUUAAAUGUUUGUAUGAGUGUCUGGAUCUCAAUGCUGCGUUCUUAAUUUAUAAGUAAUCCGACGUUGUUUUAUCUAAUUGAUGUAUACUGCAUAAUUUUUUUGUGACGAAGCUCCUAAUUAUCAUUAUUGUGAUUCGUAAUUAAAUUAGCUGCACUCUUGCUCCUCAAGCUCUUCUUCUGUAUAUGUAAGUGCAAUCCUCUGUUUCAGCCUGCUGUGAAAAUGUAAUAAAUGUCUGUACAAAUGGA